GGAGAAGCUGCUGACCUUUGCUGAAGGACUAGGAUGAGCUACUCAUCCCAUUUUACAGCUGGCAACCUAUUUUCAGAAUAUCGAGAGCACCAGCUGCAAGCACACAGUCUUGUUCCUGAGAACCGGCGGGCAGAGCAAACUCCGCUGCUUCUGUUCAGAAACCUCAGAACGGACCCUUGCCUGCUAACUUCCCAGCUCUCUGGCCAGCUUCUGAUCGUUAGCAGUCUGUUGACUCCCAUGAAAACCUCAAAGGCAUCCCAGCGCUAUAGAGGCAUCCGGAGAAAUGCCAGUCAGUGCUACCUCUACCAGGAAUCUCUGCUGCUCAGCAACUUGGAUGACAGCUUUAGUGCUGAUGAAACAGGGGACAGCAAUGAUCCGGAACAAAUCUUCCAGAAUAUACAGUUCCAGAAAGAUCUCAUGGCAAACAUUCGCUGCAGACCCUGGACUAUGGGACAGAAGCUGAGGGCAUUGAGACGAGCGAAGGACAUUGUACUAAAGUUCGAAGGGAGGCUGACCAGGACCCGAGGCUACCAAGCAGCAGGUGCAGAGCUCUGGCGGAAAUUUGCUCGUCUCGCCUGUAACUUUGUGGUCAUCUUCAUUCCCUGGGAAAUGAGGAUAAAGAAAAUUGAGAGUCAUUUUGGAUCUGGCGUUGCCUCCUAUUUCAUAUUCUUGAGAUGGUUAUUUGGAAUUAAUAUUGUGCUCACCAUUAUGACAGGUGCUUUUAUUGUCAUUCCAGAGCUGAUUGCAGGCCAGCCCUUUGGAAGCACGGCCAGAAAGACCAUCCCCAAGGAGCAGGUUUCAUCAGCCCAAGACCUGGACACCGUCUGGUCUCUGGGGGGCUGCCUCCAGUACUCAGUCCUCUUCUACGGAUACUAUGGCAGGGAGAGGAAGAUUGGGAGAGCUGGCUACCGGCUGCCCUUGGCGUAUUUCCUAGUGGGGAUGGCAGUGUUUGCUUACAGCUUCAUCAUUCUUUUAAAAAAGAUGGCUAAGAACUCCCGCAUGAGCCUUGCCAGUGCUUCCAAUGAAAACUACACCUUCUGCUGGCGGGUGUUCUGUGCCUGGGAUUACCUCAUUGGAAACCCAGAGGCUGCAGAGAGCAAAACAGCUGCCAUCGUGAACAGCAUCAGGGAAGCUAUACUGGAAGAACAGGAGAAAAAGAAAAGCAAAAACCUGGCAGCGACCAUCUGCCUGAGGAUUAUUGCCAACAUCCUGGUGCUUCUCUCAUUGGCUGGAAGCAUUUAUCUCAUCUACUUUGUGGUGGACCGGUCCCAGAAGCUGGAGCAGUCGAAGAAAGAGCUGACACUUUGGGAAAAGAAUGAGGUCAGUGUGGUGGUCUCCCUUGUCACCAUGAUAGCACCAUCAGCCUUUGACCUCAUUGCUGCCUUAGAGAUGUACCACCCCAGGACCACGCUGCGCUUCCAGCUUGCAAGGGUCCUUGUGCUGUAUCUGGGAAAUCUCUACAGCCUGAUCAUUGCUCUCCUGGACAAGGUUAACAGCAUGAGCAUUGAGGAAAUGGCUACGAAAAAUAACACAAGUCAUUGGAUAGAUUCUACUACCUUCUUUGCAACCAGGACAGCCCCUGAAGAAGAGAAAUGGUCCACAUCUCGGCCUGGAAUGGGGCUCAGGAGAAACAGCACAUGGGCCUUGGAAGAGACCAGCAUUUCAGCUUACACCAUGCCUCUCAUAAAGGCGAACAGGACUAGCCUCUACCCUCAGAGUCCACAAGACCAGUGCUGGGAGACAUACGUCGGUCAGGAGAUGCUGAAGCUCUCCAUCAUUGACAUGCUCUUCACCGUGGCGAGCAUUCUGCUCAUAGACUUCUUCCGAGGACUUUUCGUGCGGUACUUAAGUGACUACUGGUGUUGGGAUCUGGAAAACAAGUUUCCUGAAUAUGGAGAAUUCAAAAUAGCUGAGAAUGUGCUACAUUUAGUCUACAACCAAGGAAUGAUUUGGAUGGGGGCCUUCUUCUCCCCAUGUCUCCCAGCAUUCAACGUUCUCAAACUCAUUGGGCUCAUGUACCUGAGGAGCUGGGCUGUGCUGACCUGCAAUGUGCCCCACCAGCAAGUAUUUCGAGCCUCAAGAUCCAACAACUUCUACUUGUCAAUGCUCCUGUUCAUGCUGUUUCUGUGCAUGCUGCCAACUAUUUUUGCUAUUGUCCGAUACAAGCCAUCUCUAAACUGUGGGCCAUUCAGUGGACAAGAGAAAAUUUAUGACAUUGUGUCAGAAACGAUUGAGAAAGACUUUCCCGUGUGGUUUGGCUCCGUGGUUGGGCACAUCAGUAGCCCCGUGGUCAUCCUGCCCGGGGUACUCCUGCUUUUCAUGCUCAUCUAUUAUCUCCAGAGCAUCGCACGGUCGCUAAAGCUCAGCAACCACCAGCUCAAAAUGCAGAUCCAAAAUGCAAGAUCAGAGGAUAAGAAAAAGGUUGCCCAGAUGGUAGAAGCCCGAAUCCAGACCCAGGAAGAAAGCACCAAGAAGCUUCCAAACAACAGUGAUCUUACCAGCCAGCUGUCCUCAGCGCACUCGGGCACACCCCAAAACAACGGCAACGUGGUCCAUUUUGACUCAGGGAGCAGCAAGGGUGGCAGGAUAGAGACAGUCGCACAGUCCAUGCCCCAGAGCCCCAGGCCAGGGGACGGGACUCCUAGCUCACCUCUCCCUGGGGUCUCCAAAUCCAGGCUAGAGCAUGAAACUAACAGGUAUCUGCGUGGUCUGUGUGCAAGCACCAGCGACCUUCACAGGAACAGAUCGCGCACACCUAUGACAUUUACAAAGCACAUCGAAGAUGUACACUCAGAACCUCUUUUCCGAAAAGACUUUCAGCAAAUGAACCCACCUCACCGUGGGCCAGAGGCCUCGACUUUGGUGACACAGGGUCCCAAGCCCCACAGCCCCAGAUACUAUGUCAUUAAUGAACGUGACUCUUACAAGAAAAAACAUCUAAAUGUCUGGCCAGAAAGACAUUUCAAGAUAGAUGCUUCAGGUGACAUUGUGGAGCUGUACCCUAGGAACAUGCAACAAUAUGCAUCAUGGGUCCCCCGCCAGCCUCCCUCCCCACAGCUGAGUGAAGAAGAGGAGGAGACGCCAAGGAGAGACUGGAUCAAACAGUCUCUUCCCCCAUGCUCUCUGAUAGACCUCCGUCAGGCUCCUCAUUUUUAUAUUGGGGAGAGGUCCGAAAGUCAGAACCUGGCUCCCAAGCACCAGGGGAGGGUGCACUACAAGUUGUGGAAGGAAGAUUUUGAGGGUCACCUUGAGAGGCCAGCCUAUGUGCCCAAAAAGCCACGAUCCCGGAAUUUCCAAUACCCACAGCCCCCUCUGAAGCCCAGAGGGAAGCCCAGGUUUGAGCCAUCCCUCACGGAAUCUGACUCCGUGUCGGCAGCAUCCAGCAGUGACCAGCAGAACAGCAGUGCUGACCAGUACCUGCAGGUCACCCACAGCCAGGGCAGGUUCCUGAGGUCCGUGGGCCAGCCCAGCAGGAGGAAGGCCAAGUCGGGGCAGGAGCUGACCAUGGAUCUGGAUGACUUGAUUUGUUCAAACGUCUAGGCUUCCUCCAGUGUCCCGUUCCUAGAGGUCAGGCCCCAAUUGGAGUGCUGGGCCAGCACAUGGCAUCUCCCUUUCUGGAAAAAGAGGUGAACACGUGUGUUAGAGACCUGAGGGGCAUGGCCAGCCGCUGCUAGCUGAGGCUCUGAGGCUGACAGGGCUACAGGUACCUAUUCUACAGCUACUGUUAGCCAAAUGUAUCCGAGUUAGGUGGUACCAAAGUAUGUUACCAGCAGCGAAUCAUUACGUGUCUGCAGCAACCUCAAUACUUGCCUCCUCAGAAGAAUUUGGCAGAGGGGCACAAGACAGAAGGAGAGACUGAGGCAACUUUUAGAGCAGGCAUGAAAGUUUACUGAAAAGCUUUAAAGCAGGAAUGGAAGAACGUGAAAUAUAUUUAGUAGAGGGGCAAGCAGGCGACUUGAGAGAUCGAGUGCACCAUUUGACCUCUGACUUUGGGUUUUACACGUUGUCAUGCUUCCGGUGUCUUGCGUUACUUCUCCCCCAUUCUUCCCUUUCUUCCCUUGGGGAGGUCUGUCCGCAUGCGCAGUAGUGGCCUGCUAGCGCUUGGGAGGGGAGCAUGCGCAGUGUGUUUACUGGUGUUGUGCACAUGCUCACUCACGGUUCUUCCCUUACCACCGGAAUGCUCCAUUUUGUCUUUUAGUGCGCAUCCUUGAGCCCACUCACCCAACUCCUGACAUUUCAUCUGGAAGCUGCCGACCACCAGUUUCAGGUUUUUUCUAUCUAUUGAGAGACUGUCUUUCCCUGGUGCCAGCUGUGACCAAUUAUUAUUUUAGAGAGACAACUAACAGCCACCUGACCAUCACCUGAUGGUCGCCUGACAUUCCUGGGGGUUGUGUUGAAGAAGGAAUUCAUGAAUUUUACAAGUAUAAUCAAAGACAACCAAAAAUUUUUACUUUUUCCUUCAAAAGCUAAGUGUAGUGUAGCUCCCCAAUAGUGUAAGUUAAAGAAGAAUACUAACUGCCUGUUUUUCCUUCUGUGCUCAGCAAGCCUUAUCUGUACUUGCUAGUUUCACAUUCCUUGAGGCUCAGUGAGUUCCUGCGUCACCUCCCUAGUGCAGCUGCAAAAUUACAAGGUUGAUGCAGAAACAUGGCUUCCAAGGGAUGUGGAACAUGUAGUGUAGAUAAAUGUAAAAGAUUGAUCAACUGCCUUUGUUCUCGCUUCUGUAAUACGCUUCCUGCCUCAUGUAGCUCCUGGCCACUGACUGCUUAAAAGGUGGCUGCUUUCUGUGUCCAGGGCUCAGACUUUCCUGGACACUAGUCCUACUGAGCCAGGUGAUCACCUUUUAAUA